AUGGAGAAGGUCACCAAGAAGGCGCAGGAGGUGCGCACGCUCUACAUCGCGAGCGAUGAGGGCAUUCGUGAAUACGUGCUUGAGUACUUCUUUGAUUGGCGGUCGGCGAAUCGAGUGACCAAACCCGAGGCUGACAGCGACAUCAUCCACGACAAGAUCAUCCACGACGCGCUCGGAUCGCUGGGGGCCACCAAGAAUGUGAAGGCUAGAAUGUGA